GCUCCGUCAACAUGGCGAAUGCCACGCUAGAUCCGGAGCAAUUCUACCUCGUGCGAGGCACCCAGAACAUCGAAGCUGAUGAGGUGGACUACCGUAACCUGAUGACACACUACAAACUGGAGCCGCAUCUAGCCAAGAUGGCCGAGACAACGCUCCCCAGCACCUACCAUCACCUUCUGCGCGGCGUGGGCGAGGCGCGCGACUCGCUCACGCCCGGAGAAACGAAAGGCGACCUCUUGUCACUACUGGAAGGUGUUCCCUUUGAUCGUCCCAUUGAACCGCUGCCAGAGAGCGUUGUUAAGAGCGCCUUUCAGCUCCCCGCAGGCAGCAAGAGCGGCCCAGUGAUGCGGCCACUAAGCAAGACGCCUGGCCUUAUCCAUGCGCCGCCUCCUACUGGAGCGGAAAGAGCCGCUCAUACCGAGAAGCAGAAGGGCAAAGCUAGAGACGAUAAAGAUCGCAAGGAGAAGAAAGAGAAGAAGAAGAAGAAACGAGAACGAGAAGAUGCCACUGUGCUGCAGAAGCUGCUGGCUCCUCUGGUCACAGAGCUACGUGGACUCACCUGGGCCGGGUGGGUUGUCAGUGGGAAACCCGGCAACCCGUUUAUACAGAAAUUCACCAAGGACAACUGCAAGAGACUAGGUGUACCCAACUACUUUGAUUACGUCAAGAGCCCGAUGGACUUAACCCGCAUGAAGGAGAAGGUGGAGCACGCCGAGUACACGAAGAUCGACCAGUUCUCGACGGAUAUUAAGCUCAUGGCUGCGAACGCCAAGACCUUCAACCGCGUGGGGGAGCCGGUCCAUCAGAUGGCGAUCGAGAUCGAGCAGCUCUACGAGUCGAAGCUGCCAGUGUACAAAAAGAUGUUCGAAGACUUGCAACAGGAGCGCAAGAAGCGCAAGAAAGACAAGAAGAAACGAAAAGAGAAGAAGAAAGAAAAGUAA